GAAAGCGGAUUAGAUGUGCAAUUCGUCAUUCAACUGUAGACAGACAAAGCACAUCCGCUCUCACUGUAUCCUUUUUCCCGGGAGAUUCCAACGAACUUCUAUCCAACGGUCUACAGAAUUCAAAAUCUACAGGAUAAAUGACCAUGAUUUCUACGUCUUUGAGGCCAUCGUUGCAACUCAAUGCCCCAUUUUCUCUCUUCCUACCACCAAAUCACAUUGGUUUUCCAAAUGGGUCUUUGAGAUUUCGGAAGAUAUGGAAGCAUUCCAUGUGUUUGAGCCUGAAAACUGUAAAUCCUGUCGUUGGUGAUGGGGUUUUGAGGAUUAAUGGGAAGGAGGCGUUGACGGGUGUGCCGGAGAAUGUCAUUGUCACGCCGUCGGUGGAUACGUCGGCGUUCUUGGGUGCGGUUUCUGACGAGAAGAGUUGUCGGCAUGUUUUCAAGCUUGGCGUUCUUCAGGGUUAUAGACUACUUUGCUUGUUCAGAUUUAAGAUAUUUUGGAUGAUACCCCGAAUGGGGAAAUCAGGAAGCGACGUUCCUGUAGAGACACAGAUGUUGCUCUUGGAAGCAAGGGAAGACUCAUCUGUUGAUGAGGGAAGUCGUGAGGUUUCCUAUAUCCUCUUUUUACCAGUGUUAGAUGGUGAUUUUAGAAGCAGCUUGCAAGGAAACUCAGCUAAUGAAAUUGAGUUCUGCAUAGAAAGCGGUGAUCCUGAUGUAGUGGCAUCCCGAUUCCUUGAAGCUGUAUUUAUAAACUAUGGAGACAAUCCGUUUAAUCUGAUGACGGAAUCUAUGAAGAUUUUGGAGAAGCACAAGGGAAGCUUUUCACAUCGUGCAGACAAGAGGAUGCCUGAAAUGUUAGAUUGGUUUGGCUGGUGCACGUGGGAUGCUUUUUAUACUGAAGUUAGUCCUCAAGGAAUUAUAGAUGGCCUAAAGAGUUUAUCUGAAGGUGGAACUCCAGCAAGGUUUCUGAUAAUAGAUGAUGGUUGGCAAGAUACAGCUAAUGAGUUCCAGAAAGAAGGUGAACCAUGCGUUGAAGGGUCUCAGUUUGGGGCCAGAUUACUUAGUAUCAAAGAAAACAACAAGUUUCGACGAACUUCAAAAGGGGAUGCUGAUGAGGGACCUAGUGAUCUAAAGGAUUUCGUUACAUCCAUUAAAAGGACUUUUGGCUUGAAGUAUGUAUACAUGUGGCAUGCGUUGAUGGGAUAUUGGGGAGGGCUCCAUCCAAAUGCGCCAGGAACCAAGAAAUACAAUCCGAAACUAGUGUACCCAGUUCAGUCUCUGGGAAUUCAAACAAAUAUAAGGGAUAUAUCUAUGGACAGCAUGGAGAAGUAUGGUGUUGGUAUGAUUGAUCCUGCUAAAAUAUUUGAAUUUUAUGAUGAUCUACACAGAUAUCUUGAUUCUCAGAAUGUGGACGGGGUUAAGGUGGAUGUGCAGAGUUUAAUGGAAACUCUUGGCAUGGGCUUCGGAGGCCGGGUAUCAUUGACUCGACAGUUCCAUGAAGCACUCGAAAACUCCAUAUCCAGGAACUUUCGAGACAACAGUAUAAUCUGUUGCAUGGCCCAUAACACAGAUUCUGUUUACAGUUCAAAAGUAAGUGCCGUUACGAGAGCAUCGGAUGAUUACUAUCCUAAAAACAAAAUGUCUCAGACAUUGCAUAUUGCCGCUGUGGCUUUCAACAGCAUCUUUCUUGGAGAAGUCAUGGUCCCGGACUGGGACAUGUUCUAUAGCCUCCAUGAUUCAGCUGAGUUUCAUGCAGCUGCUCGAGCUGUGGGGGGUUGUGGAGUCUAUGUUAGUGAUAAGCCAGGUCAUCAUGAUUUUGAAGUUCUUAAAAAGCUUGUGCUUCCUGAUGGGUCACUCCUCCGAGCCAAGUACCCUGGGCGGCCCACGCGAGAUUGUCUAUUCAAUGACCCAGUUAUGGACGGGAAAAGUCUGCUGAAGAUAUGGAACCUGAACACAUUAACUGGAGUUAUAGGUGUUUUCAAUUGCCAAGGAGCGGGAACCUGGCCAUGUACCACCACUGUUCCGAAGAAUCAGAACAAUGCACAUCCUGAGGAGUCAUGCCUCACAGAACGUGUUAGUCCUGUUGAUAUCGAGUUUCUAGAUAAGGUUGCUGGGAAGAACUGGACAGGAGCCUGUGCCAUCUUUUCCUUCAAUGGUGGAUCUUUGUCUACUUUGCCAAAAAACAGGUCAUUCAACGUCUCAUUAAAGGUCUUGGAAUGUGAAAUAUUUACAGUUUCUCCAAUCAGGAGUUACAAUCAAACCGUCCAGUUCGCGCCCAUCGGACUGACAGAGAUGUACAAUUCCGGAGGAGCCGUUGAAUCGAUGGACUUCACUGGCAAUUCUUCAAACUGCCAAUUGAACAUCAAAGGUAAAGGACCAGGCCCUUUCGGAGCAUACUCAAGCACAAAACCAGCUUUCUGCACUGUGAACUCAAAAGAAGUGGAAUUCGAAUUCGACAAUCGGGAUUGUUUUUUGACUGUGAUCGUCCCGCAGAAAACGAAUUUCUGGGAAAUUGCAAUUCAUUUCAAGUCCUAAUUUUUCUAGGCCAAGUCUUACAUUGUUCGUGGCAAUUUUCUUAUGCCCAUUUAUCAUCGUUACAAUAAAUGUAAUAAAUGAAAAAGUCUCUGAAUCAGAAAUUGAUCAAAUUGCAAUUUGAUAGAAUUCGUUAUUUGAAAAUGCUGCCCAUUCAAUGGGAAUUUUGAACGCGCCAAUUUGGAAAUGUGUUUGGAUGCUAAUGAGAUUGUAAUAUUGGUAGAAUGUAGCAUGAAUGGACUUGGAAUUUGGAAGUCAGAUGGUGAAUGUUGUUUCGAAA